AUGAACCGAAUACUUGGCGCCGAGCACUUCGUGGUGUACAACUACAGCAUCUCCCCGGCUGUUGACCAGAUUCUCCAGCGCUACCAGCAGGAUGGUCUGGUCACUGUUCUUCCAUGGCCGCUUCCAACAAAUCAAGUCUUUUAUUUCGGUCAAAAAUCUGCCUUGAACGAUUGUGUCUACAGAAACCGCAACAUCUCCAGAUUUAUAGUUGUGGUAGAUACAGACGAAUUCAUGAUACCAACAAACCACUCCAACUGGAUGGAGAUGAUUGCCGCCACUUCUCCUCAAGAAUAUGACGUGUCCACAUUUGUACAUUCUCCAAAUACGCCCAAGAAAGCCCACACUAAAACUGGAUGUUUCAUCGUUAGGUCAAGUUUCUUUUCCGCUUCGUCCAGGGCAAACUGGACCUCACUUCCUUCUAAAUUCUCGUUUACAGAGAAAGAAAAGCACAACAUUUUAAAAUACAACAUUCAAACUCUUUCCCAGUUUUUGAGGUCAACAGUAUUUCCACCUUACCAGAGAAGCAAAUACAUCGCAAGACCCGACCUUAUUUACAACAUUGGGAUGCAUCUUGUGCACACAUUUGUUGACAGUUCAAGCUGCACCGUGGUUUCCAACAACGUAUCACUGGUUCACCACUACAGAGAAUUGGACAGGAGAACGAGUCAGUCGUUCCCAUUGAAUAUUACGGACACCAGCAUAUUAAGAUUUAAGAGUCAGCUUUACCCCCGUGUAAUGGAAAAAUUUAAACUCUUUCCUAAUAUAUUCAAGUAA